UGAAACAAGUAUUACAUCAGCCAGAGCGUCUGUGAUGAUUUAUGAUGACAACAGCAAAAAAUGGGUUCCAAGUGGAACAUCGUCGGGUCUUAGUAAAGUACACAUUUUUAAACAUGUGAUCAAUAAUACAUUCCGUGUAGUUGGAAGAAAAUUGCAAGACCAUGAGGUUGUUAUUAACUGUGUCAUUUUAAAGACUCUAAAAUAUAACCAAGCAACAACAACAUUCCACCAAUGGAGGGAUAAUAAACAUGUAUAUGGCUUGAACUUUAGUAGCAAAGAAGAUGCUGAUUCUUUUGCACGAGCUAUGGUUUAUGCUCUUGAGGUUCUAGAUUCUGUAUCUAGGAAUAAUAUUAAUAAUCCUCACAAUCAUAUACUACCUCCAGCACCUCCUAUAUAUCAACAAGCAAAUGGACAAUAUGAUGAAGAUAUGGGAUACAGAGAUUGGUGUACAAAUAAUGUACCUAAUCAUUUCAGAAGCUUGACGAAAGAUGAUGCUGCCAUUAUCCAAGAAAGAAGAAUGUCUCAGCAAAAUCAAAUCGUUAGCACAACAAACGGUUUACCAACAAUUCCACCUGCACCUCCUCAGUUGCCUACUUCAGGUCACCACCGCACAUCAUCAGCUCCACCAGCACCAGUUCCUCCUCCUCCUCCACCAGGUAUGUCUAGCCCUAUGCCUCCUCAACCACCUCCAAUGCCUGGCAGUAUACCAAGACCUAGUAGUAAUGGAGAACCUGAUCACAGUGAAUCUGUUGCUGACCAAACAUCGUCUUUAGCUGUACAGUUACAGGCGGCUCGUUUAAAACGUACCAAUAAGCAGCAUCCAGCUGAAAAUAGCGGCUCAUCUACGAGUAGUGCUAGCAGUGGCGGAAGUGGAAAUUAUGGAACCCUUGGUAGAAAUGCAAAUGGUGGCCAAACUGGUAUGGCAUCAAUGAUGGAUGAAAUGGCACGUACAUUAGCAAGACGUCGAGCUGCUGUUGAAAAGAAAGAACCAGUUGAUUGUCCUCAGGAUGAAAGUGUAUCACCUGGCGACAAAAAAAAUUGGAAUCGUAAUGAUAGUCAAAAAAGCUCAUUAAAUGGUUGUGAAAGUCCUAAACUUGGCCGAAAACAAUUGUCUGCUACUUCCACUGAAGACUUAAUAGCAUCUAAGACGUUUGGAGACAAUUGUAUAUCAAAUAUAUCAUUAGAGUUACAGACAUUAAAACAAGAUAUACUACGUGAAAUACGCAAAGAAUUAAACCGAAUGAAAUUGGACAUCAUUGAAAGCUUAAAAGUCGAGAUAAGCAAAAGAUAAAUGAACAACAAUCUAUCAAACAAGUAUCAAAUUAUUAAUAUUCAUUUUCAAUUUUAUAUUGAUUCGAUGCUUGUUCUUUUUCUAUUAAGUGAACAUUUUCGAACUGAAUCUCAUUUUAUUACUGUUAUAUGAUUUAGGUACACUCAUAGAUAAUAUUAUUGUAAACCUAUUUAUGACUUAACUCA